AUGAACCAUUUUUCAAAGGAUGCUUUUUCUCUUGAUGUUAAACCAAUCGACUGUCCCGAUAAUUAUACAUUAAAGCAGUUAUUUUUACUUUCUAGACAUGGAUCGAGAUUACCAAAUCUAGAUCAGAUCGCAGGUUUUGAUAAAAUUGAUAAAGCAUUUGCAAAUGUUUCUGUAUCGAAAGAUUGGCCUAAAAAUCCUUUCCCACCAGAAAAAAAUUUUCGAUUGACUACCAGAGGUAAACUCGAACCUUAUUACAAUGGUUUACAAUCUCUCAGAAGAUACGAAAAAUUUUGGAAAACUGUCGAAUAUGAUGCUGACGUCGUAAAGUUUCAGACCGCUAAUGCUUUUUGGAUCGGUCAAUCGACAAUGUCUUUUGCAGAAGGAUUAUUGGAUGGAACUGGCCCUAUAGGCACCUGUAAAAAUGAGCCAGUAUUUAUGUGUCAUGAUUAUUUGUUAGAAAUGUGGAGUGCUUGUCCACGUUGGAAUCAGACAGUUGGAAGUAACUUUGCUCUUUAUACAGAGCAAACUUAUUCUUAUGGUAAUAAGACUUUGGCGCCAAUAGCUGAAAGAUUGACCAAAAAAUACAAUAUCAAUCCACCUCUUGAUCCGAAAUUAGUACCAUAUUUAUAUUAUUAUUGUGAUUUCUAUGUCCUUCAAUUUAAUCGAACCGACACUUGGUGUGGAUUACUAAGUGAUGAUGAUCUUAUAUUUGGUCGAUAUUAUUGGAAUAUGAGAAGUUAUUAUCAAUAUUCAUAUGGGAAUCCUCUUAAUGAGCAAUUGGGUUGUGCUUUCGUUACACAAUUUGUAAAUAGCGUUGAGGAUUACUUGAAUGGGAAAUCUCGGAUGGUAGCUGAUCUGAAAUUUGCUCAUGGAUUUACUGAUUAUGUUGUGCUUACUACGUUGGGUGUAUUUAAAAACGAAUAUCCACUUACAGCAGACUUAACUCUUGAACAAAUGAAAAGCUUAAAAUAUAUAGAACAAAAAGCUUUUUAUUGGUCUUCAACUAUAUAUUUUGAAAUUUAUACUUCUCCAGGAAAAGAUGCAUUAUUGAGACUUGUAGUUAAUUUUGAUCCUUAUAUAAUUCCGGGUUGUGAUGAAUAUUGUGAAUGGAGCAAAUUUAAGAAUAUUUUGGGUAGUAAGAUUAAUUGCGAUUUUGAAAAGUUGUGUGCUUAUCCUUAA